GCCGUUGCAUUCCCUGCUCCAUCUGCUGGAGCAGCCCAGAACAGCUUGUAGUGUUCACCCAGACAAUUGGAUUGCUGCGAUCGUCUCCUGGCUUGUUACCCAACUACCUUUCUUCAAAUAAUUACUUGGUAGCAGUGAGCUGCAUCAUUUUUGUAAUGACAUCUCAGGUUUGAUUUCUCCCUGUUAAGUGUUUUGAGCACCUGCAAUUGCACAUUUAGAUGUAACAGGAUAAUGUAGAAACUUCUGCUUUGUUAUGAAAUGAUACAAUACAACUCAACUCCAGUUUAAAAACAGAAAAAAUUGCUUUAAGAAGAUGCAGUUCACUGCACUGGAUGAAUGGUAAUAACUCCUCGUGGUUUAUUUUACAGCCAUUUCCUUUUCCUGCUUGGGUUCCCAUAUGAGUCCUCUUUUGUCUCCACUUUCAUAAUUGCUCUCUUUACAGCUUCUCCUCAGCAACACUUAGAAAAAGACAAAUGUUGUUAGAGGAAGUAAGUCCACCUCCGCAGCCAUCCCUUUGCCCAACUGCUGAACCCUGCCGUUCCCUCUCGCAGUGGCACCAGAGCCAGGGCAGCCCACAAGGAGAAGGGAGGGGGAACAGGCUGGCAGCUGAAGGGCAGCACGGGCUGCAGCCACCACUUAGCACAGCCUGAAUCUCCUGGACACCGGUCAGUAGCCAUUUCAUAUAUUGCUAAACUUGAACUAUAAACUGCAAUUGGUAAAUCUGCAGGAUUAAUCAAAAUACACCUGGCUAACCUUCGAAUUAUCAACUAUUACAGCUGUUUGGUUACUUUGGAACUGCUACUGCUACGUGACAUUAGCUCAAGGCCAGAUCUGCAACUGUCUGCAUCAAUCUGGCGAAGCUCUCUGCAGAAAGUAACCUCACCUGCCAUCCUGGUAGUUACCCAUUUUCCACUUGGAAGCUUUUGGGCAUUACCAGAAAUGUUCCUAACAUCCUGGAUCUGGGGAACAGCAGUAAUACUUUGUUGUGUGUCUUGGUUUCUUCUAGGGAGGAGGAGAAGGCGGCAAGGUGAGCCACCACUUGAAAAUGGGUUCCUUCCAUACCUGGGCUGUGCCUUGAAGUUUGGUGCCAACCCCCUUGAAUUCCUCAAAGAAAAGCAGAAGAAGCACGGCCACAUCUUCACUUGCCAUGUAGCAGGGAAAUACAUUCAUUUCCUCACUGACCCUUUUUCAUACCAUGCAUUGAUGCGCCAGGGAAAACACUUGGACUGGAAAAAGUUCCACUUUGCUACUUCUGCCAAGGCUUUUGGGCAUGGUAGCAUUGACCCAGCGGAGGGAAACACCACUGAAAAUUUUCAUCAGACUUUCAUUAGAACCCUUCAAGGCAAUGCCCUAGAUGCCCUCAUUGAAGCAAUGAUGGAAAACCUACAGUAUGUCAUGCUGCAGUCAAGAGCACCUAAGCUUCAGUCUAAUGCCUGGGUGACAGAAGGACUUUAUACCUUCUGUUGCCAAGUGAUGUUCGAGUCUGGCUUUUUAACACUUUUUGGUAAAGAAUUAAAUUCAAAUAAUGACAAAAACCUAUCAUCAAAGCAGGAAACUGAGAGAGCUCAUAUCCUAAAUGCCCUUGAAAACUUCAAGGAAUUUGAUAAGAUUUUCCCAGCCCUCGUGGCAGGGCUGCCUAUCCACCUCUUCAAGAGUGCCCACAGCGCACGUGAGAAGCUGGGAGAGGCUCUCCUGCACAAGAACCUCCUGAAAAGGGACAACCUGUCUGAGCUUGUCACCCUCCGCAUGUUCCUGAAUGACACCCUGUCAACCUUCGAUGACAUGGAGAAAGCCAAGACCCACGUGGCAGUGCUCUGGGCCUCUCAAGCAAACACCAUUCCUGCCACCUUUUGGACCUUGUUCUACCUUCUUAAGAAUCCAGAAGCAAUGAGAGCCGCUACCAAAGAAGUGCAAAGUGUUUUGGAAAGUGCUGAAGAGAGUAUCAGCUUAGAUGGCAAACAUAUUUCCUUGAACCGGAAACAGCUGGAUAAUAUGCCUAUUCUAGACAGCAUCAUCAAGGAGGCAAUGAGGCUCUCCAGUGCAUCCAUGACUUUCCGAGUGGCCAAGGAGGAUUUCACUUUGCACUUGGAGAAUGACUUUUACAACAUUCGUAGAGAUGACAUUGUAGCUCUUUAUCCUCAGCUGCUGCAUUUCGAUCCAGAAAUCUAUGCUGAUCCCUUGACAUUCAAAUACGAUCGCUUCCUGAACGAGAAGGGAGAGGAGAAGACCGACUUCUACCGGAACGGCCGGAGGCUGAAGCAUUACUACAUGCCUUUUGGGACAGGCAUAGCAAAGUGCCCGGGCAGGUUAUUUGCUGUCCAUGAGAUCAAACAAUUUUUGGCUCUGAUUUUUUCAUAUUUUGAGAUAGAGCUCGUGGACAGCAAUGUGAAGUGUCCCUCUCUAGAUCAAUCCCGUGCAGGACUGGGUAUUUUGCAGCCAUCCAAUGACAUUGAUUUCAGGUAUAGGCUGAAAUGCUUAUGAAUAUAUAUUUUGUACUAUGCAUAUACACUAUGUACUAGUAGUACAUAAAUACACUGUAUAUACUAACAGUACUAAAUACACUGUAUAACACAUGCUUUAUAUACAUUUUAUGUAUAUAUGCAAAUGAAAUGUUUCAAGUCUUGGGGGAAAAUCUAUGUGAAGAUGCUAAUUCACCAUUUUAAUGAAAAAGGUGCACCAGUGUGCCACCAGCAUGCAGUGGAUUUAAUGCUCUCGUUUGAUGCAAAUGUCUCCCUUUUUACCAACCAUUUUGAAAGGCAAGAUUUUCCAUUGUGUGUAUACAGCAGCUGGGUUGUUGGUUUGUUUUCUUUUCUGUCAGCAAAUACUUUCCCACAGGUUGAAUAUCAUGAUCUAAUUCAUAAUAAUUUCAAAAUUGUACUACAGUUAAAAUAUAUUCUUUUCUAUAAUUGAAAUAUUGGGCAGGGGGGUGGGCCUCCUCACAGGUGAAAUAAAGUUUUUGUUGUACAAAGGCAGAUUCACAGUGGGGAGGGGAGAGUUUCCUGGGGAAUUACAUUUAUGGUUUUAUGAAAAACUGGAAGACUUGAAAAAAAACCUACAGAAAUAUUCACGUUCAAGUGAACCUGCAAAACUUGUAUUAUAUUCUUUGUAAGAUAAUUAUUUUUAGAAAGUGCUAACUGUAUUAAAAUAAAUUAUAUUGGCUGAACCAAAUGCAUCUCUAGACUCUUUGUUGUUUUAACAUCUUAACAUUAUCA